UACUAGUUUGAGUUUUAAGUUUACCUCUGCACGAAAUAAGCUGUUAGCCCAUGCAUGUACAUUUCACAUAUGUAAAGCGAGACCUGGUUAUCAGCCACGUCCACAUUGGAGAGCAGAUAACACACAUGACUGUGUGCAAUUAGGACAGUGGCGUAGUGCCCUGGAGUCAGAUACAAUCAAAUCAGAGCGGCAGGGGGUUUCCGAUGAAUAAGCCUCUUUAUCUUGCCUUUCAGUGUCGCGAGAACUGUCGAGUGGAGCACAAGAGCGUCACAAGCUACAGCGGUACAGCGAGAAAGAAAGAUUAAGGUAGAAAGACCAAGCACACAAGAACCGGAGGUACAAUGGGUUGGUGGAACAAAAAAAGCGAAACGGAUCGUAGCCCGCCCAGCCAGGCACUGGUGCUGCAGGACCCCCGUACCCGCGUGAAGACCGCGAGUGCUAGCACCAAGACGACCAACAGGGCAGUGCAGAACUCUACCAUCACGGACAGCAACAAGCAGACGAUCACCUUCCUCUCCACCCGCCAGACGGUGACGCACACGCAGCGGGCGCUUGUCACGGAGACAACUACGCGGCGCACGCCCAGCCAGGCGGAGUUGGAAGCGCUCUUUGCCCAAAUGAGAGUAGGAGGCGAGGGAUCCCGACCGCCCAGUCUGAACGGAGUCUCCCUCCGCUCCACUCAGGCAUUCAAGGCCACGUCUGGCAAGCGUUCCAGCACGCUGGUCAAGACCGAGCAAACGACUGUCACUAAGAAGACCGGACACACGAUUACCAAGCACCUGGAGACGCACCAUGUAGACCUUAAGGGAAAGGUCAGUAAGACCAACUGGUCGCCGUUCACUCCCACGGCUAACAGUUCGACCUCCACCUACGUCUCACCCUACGCCCAGAUACCGAACCUGGCCAUAACCUACACAUCUCCGCACGCCAAGACACCAGGAAUCACUAGCACCUUCGCGAACUCCGUUACGAGGGUGUCCAGCACCCCCAAGCCAACGUCAUCCAGUUCCUCUUUUAUAAGCUUUUUAAACUCCGAUCAAAAACCUGAUAAGCCGCUGACGUUCACUGCAACGCCAAAACCCUACAUCAGCAUGGGCUCAUCAGCGACCAGCGCCGUGCCCAAGGUCUCUGAACCUGCGUACAACCUCGACACUCAGGGCACCAAUCCAAUCAUCUUGACUCCCUCAAAGUGUAGCCUAACCAAGAGCAAACUAAAACCCGCUAGGGUGUAUAUCUUUAAUCACGAGCGGUUCGAUAACAAGAACGUCUUCCGUACGGGAAGUGGCCAGGAUGUAAAGGUCUUGCGAUCCACCUUCGAGCAGUUCAAAUGCAAGGUGGAGAUCAUUACGGACGCCACUCUGGCCACCAUCAAGCGGACUGUGCGAAUGCUGGAAACCAAGGAUUUCGAGGACAAGAGUGCUCUGGUCUUGGUGAUGCUAAGCCAUGGAACGCGCCACGAUAGAAUUGCGGCAAAAGAUAAUGACUAUUCUUUGGAUUACGACGUCCUCUUCCCCAUCCUGCGCAACCGGACGCUAAGGGACAAGCCUAAGCUACUUUUUGUUCAAGCCUGUAAGGGCGCCAACGAGCUGGGUGGUUUUAUGACGGAUGCUGCUCAGCCCAAUGGGUCUCCAAACGAGAUUCUGAAGUGUUAUAGUACCUACGAGGGAUAUGUUUCCUAUCGCACGGAGGACGGCACUCCAUUUAUUCAAAGUUUGUGUGAGGCCCUCAAUCGGACGGGCAAGACCUCAGAUAUCGACACCAUAAUGACCAAUGUGAGGCGCGUUGUUAAAAUGCAAACCAGCCAAAUCCCAUCUGUUACCAGUACGCUCACCUCUAAGUACGUUUUUGGAGAUUACAUCUGAUCAUACUAGUACGGUCACCUCUGUUUACGUUUUUGGAAAUGAAAUCUGAUCAUUAAUUACACCCAGACAAAAAAUUACCUAAAAUGCCCAGAAAUGGGCUACAAUUUAGGUAAAGUUGGCCUUAACCUGGAGCUAAGUCCUUGAAUGACCUGUGGGUCACACAUGGCCUAAAAUGUAUGCAACUUUUAGAUAAUUGACUGCCUAAAAAUAAUAUUUAUGGUACAAAAAUAAUUUGUUUGAGCUUACAAAAGCAUUUUGCCACAGAAUAAAACCAUUCGGACUUGGCUCAGGGGGUGCGUCCCGACACUUUAUUGUUCUCGGGGUUCGAAGUUCGAGUCCUGCCCAAAGACCAUUUUAUUUUAUUUUUCUUUUCUAAUAAGUAAAUCAGAUAGAUUUUUCAAUACAAUAUUUUAUUUAACAAUUGCUUAGGAAAUAUUUAACAUGUUUCCUCAAGACUUUUGACUUACUCCUGCCCUAGCGGGUAUGCGAUCCGGGGUCCUCUCACAUCAGGGGCAGACGCCUUACCAAUUUAGCAAUCGCACCAUGUUACGAAUGAGCGUGUAAGUUCAAGUCAUAAGUAACGCAUCGGACUCUCGUGUGGAAGACCCCGAACCGAUUACCACCGCGGACUAAAUAAAAAUGAUUGUUUUUUUAGGGAGAUUAAAUAAAAAAAAAAAAAUGAAAUAAAUAAAUUGUAUUAAUAUCAUGAGUAAAAAUUUAACAUUUUUUUAAGCAAUACCCAAUUUUUAGGGCAUAUUGGCCUAAAAUGUUCAAUUUUGUAAUAACACGUCUCAGUUAAUUUUUCUUAAAAUUGUACCUUAAAUAAUUUUAAUAAAUACAAUUACAGACAUAUUAA